CUGAGCAGAACCUCAGAAACUACAGAAAGAACAAAUGAAGUAACUGGAGUUAUUCCUUUGUCUCUGUAAGCAAAAAGAAUCAUGGAGGCUAAGCUGGCUGUUAAAAUGAUGAUGUUAGUGAUGAUUGUAUCUGCCUGUGGAGCUGUUCCCACCACUGCACCUAGCCAAGAGGAGCUCUCCAGAGCCCAGAACUACCUUUCUGAGUUUUUCUCAGAUGUGGGGGUCAGUCCCCCCAACACUGUCCGGCGCAGCUCUCUGGACUCCUUUGAAGACACUCUCAAGAAAAUGCAGGAGUUUUUUGGCCUGACCGUGACAGGGAAAUUGGACACCAACACCCUGGCAGUGAUGGCUCGUCCUCGCUGUGGUGUCACAGAUGUGACCAGAUAUGGCCAUUUCGACGGCCAACCAAAGUGGGACAAGACAGUCCUCACAUACAGAAUCAUUCAAUACACACCAGACUUGAGUGAAAGUGUUGUGGAUGCCACCAUCGCCAAGGCUCUGAAAGUCUACAGUGACGUCGUCCCUUUGGAUUUCAAACAGAUCAGCAGCGGCACAGCUGACAUCAUGAUCUUGUUCAAGGCUCAAGAGCAUGGAGAUUUUGCUCCAUUUGAUGGGGAAGGUGGGGUCUUGGCACAUGCAUAUUCUCCUGGUGAAGGCGCUGGAGGCGACACCCACUUUGAUGAAGAUGAAAACUGGACUCUAACCUCAGCAGGAGCAAACCUGUUCUUGGUGGCAGCCCAUGAGUUCGGCCAUGCGCUGGGAUUAGCCCACUCUCAGGUCCAGACCGCCCUGAUGUAUCCUACCUACCAGUAUGUGAACACAGAGGGGUACAAGCUGCCGGAUGAUGACAGACAGGGGGUCCAAGCUCUCUAUGGUGUCAGAGCAUCAUCAGAUCAACCUACAGUAAAGCCAAAACCACAACCCAAACCUGAACCAGAGCCUGAACCUGAACCGGUUCCAGAUAGGUGCAGCAGGAACCUGAUAUUUGAUGCUGCAGCCUCCAUUCGGAGGGAUCUUUACUUCUUCAAAGACGGAUAUUUCUGGAAGAGGAGCAGCUCCUGGGACGGCAUCAGUACGAGGAAAGUUCAGUCUGUCUGGCCUGGAAUUAGCAAGGUUGAUGCUGCUUAUGAGUAUAAGAAGGACAAUAAAGUCAUUUUCUUUGAAGGGAAUCAGUUCUGGGCGAUCAGAGGAAACACUGUCCUACCCGGUUAUCCCAAACCUCUUAGUGACUUUGGCUUCCCUUCAUCUGUCACCAAGGUAGACGCUGCUGUUCAUGUGCCAUUCAUAAGCAGAACUCUCUUGUUCGUGGACUACAAGUACUGGAGCUACAACGAAAGGACAGGCAAAAUGGAUCGUAGGUUCCCAAAAUACAUCAACAGAGAACUCCCAGGAAUUGGAUUCAGAGUGGAUGCUGCUUUUGAGAACGGAGGUUACCUGUACUUUUCAUAUGGGUCCACACAGACAGAGUACCACUACCAGCGAAGAAGAGCCCGUCGCACUCUGCUGAACUAUGCAUGGAUGGAUUGCUAAAGAAGCAAAGAACCCAAUAUGCACACAUACAUACGCACAACUGUAAUCACGCAACAAAGAAGUGGUCUAUUCCAUUUCUAUUUAUCCUACGUGUAGCUAAUUGCAACUUUUCUACAGAAAACUGCAGGAAAGAAAUACAUUUUAAAAAUUGUUUAACCAUGCCGUAAGUAACAACUGCUUGCUAUGGAGUCAGGGGCUUCUUCUUAGAUGUGCAUUAAUUAAACAUGAAUUAAUAAAGCUUUGAACUUGAAACAAAGCCACAUGGCAAAAAGUGAGUUUAAA